CCGAGAACAAACCCAGCAGCACCCCACAUAGAUGAAAGCAAAGAGAAGCUACAAAACUCCAGCCAUGUCCACAUCCCUGCGAGUGAGCCCCUCCGUCCACGGCUACCGCUUUGACACAGCCCUGCGCAAGAAAGCCGUGGCCAACAUCUUUGAAAGCAUCAAUGAAGAGUCCCUACAGAAACUCUUCAAAAACUCUGGGGACAAGAAGGCAGAGGAAAGAGCCAAGAUAAUCCUCGCUACCGACCAGGAUUUGGAGGAGAAAACAAGAGCACUAAUGGCGCUAAAGCAGAGGCGAAAAGACAAGCUGCUCCAGUUCCUGACAUUUCGGAAAUACUCCAUUAAAGUUCACUGAACUGGCGAAGGGAGCAGAAAUGGAGGAGAACGUUUCAGGAUGGGACUGUUUGUGACCUCCUACCACGCACAGCACGCUCCGCUGCCCCACGAGCUGCUGGCGGGACACGGGACCUGACAGACCGCCCGCAGGGCUUCAGCCCCACCACGCACACAGCAAACCACAGCGCCGACGGCAGCAUCGGUGCGGACGGCAGCAUCGGUGCGGACGGCAGCAUCGGUGCGGACGGCAGCAUGUCAGCCAGAGGCUCCCAGAGGGCAGGCAGCUCCAGCGGGAGGCAGCCAGGCUCCUCCGGCCAUGGGACUGAGCCGUGGGGGGACCCUGCACCUGGGCACAACUCGAGACCUUCUGACGGACUCGGUGUUUGCUGACUUCACCUGUGUGCUUUGCCUUUUCAAACGUGUUUCCUUAAAGUCUGAGCCUUGCUAAGCCUCACUGUUGUGGGCUAGGAGGGAGGUUCUAGGGACUGAUCAGCUACUGAUCAUGGAUCACUUUGCAUUUGUUAAAAUGCAUGUAAGUGCACCGUAUGGGUGCAGUAAGUUCAACCUUCAGGGAAUGCAUUUGCUCUAGAGACACACUACGCAACUGUACCUUUUAUUUCUCGAGCUGUAUGUGUGCAGUAUAAAUUGUUUGCACAGAAGCAAUAAUAAUGACAUAUUUCCCUGAAUUUACUGUGAAGUUCCUUAAUAUUUUGUUCACUUCCCAUUAAUACUAAAAAUCUAAAUAUCAUAACUACAGUUUUUAUUUGUAUAGAUUACAAUAGCUAUUAGACAAGUACUUCAUGGUAAUAUUUUAUGACGUUAUUAUUAUAUCGACUAUAAUUUAUUGCAUAUGGCAAUCUGAAAUUUAAUAAAUUA